AUGGAGAAUGAGAAGGUGAAUCCAACGAUUGGAUCGGUGCAUUGCUCGCCAGUGAGAGAUAGACGUGUUCAAGUAGAAAGAACGAGAGCAAUAGAAAGCAACGAGACGACGGAGACAGGAAAACAUGACAUCGAAACAAUACGAAAUACAAUUGCAAAAAGUGUACUAGAAAUGGGAAGAGAGGAAGAUUUGAUGAGAAAUGAGGGUGAAAUGGAUAGAGCAAAUAAAAAGACGAAUGGCGAUUUUCUAGAAGACUGUACCGUAGCACAAAACAAGAUAUUGAAUGGAUCACAAGAUAGCUAUAAGAAAGAUGGAGAAGAAUAUAGAUUCAGAAAAGAGCAGCAGAGGAAUGGAAGGGGAAAGAGGCAGUUUAAGAAAGUUGGAUGGUACUCUCAAAGUCAGGAUAACAAGAAGAAGGACGAUAGUUGGUGGAAACAGAAUAAUUAUGAUAGAACACUAUAUGAACGUGCUGCUAAACCAAAACGUGUUAAGGAAUAUGCACAAACAGUUCUGAUAGCAAAGAAGGAUGUUUCUGACGUAUUCAACAGAAACGUGUUCAAAUAUGAACAGGAAAAGAACAAAGAAACAAAGCAGGAUGAAAUUGAGGUGGAACAAAGUGUUCCAGUGGUGCUAAAACAGGAGAAAGAAGGGAUGGUAGCACCAGAAACACCGCGAUUGGAAAAUGAGGCCUUGAAAUGCUAUAAUUCAAUGAGAAUACAGGAAUUAGAGCCAUUCAAUUUGGAGAAUUGCAAUGAAAUUGAUCAACUACCUGAAGCCAUGCGCAAUGAUUUCUACUUGUUUUGCGAGUUGACGGGAUUCUUUGACAGGGAGCUCUGCUUUAGGGCGUUAAAGAACUCGAUUUUUUCAAAUAAGUGGUUUGGAAAGAAGAAUCUCGAUUUGAGCUAUGAGGAAAAGAGGAGGAUUGCGAAGGAAAGGAAGGCAAUCAGGGCCACAACAAAGUACAAUCAGUGCACUGCACUUGAUAGACGACAUCCUGGGAUAUUUGAGGUUAGGCCAAGUAGAAUUCAUGGGAAAGGUGUCUUUACAAACGUAAAAUGCCCUACGGACACAUUUCUCUUUUCAUACGAGGGCGAAUUGAUUGGAAAAUGCAUGGUCGAGAAAAGAGAACGAGAAUACGCGAAAAAUGGAAUCAAAUCUACGUAUUUGUUCUCAGUUUAUCCUGAUAAGGUGAUAGAUGCAACAAUGUGUGGGAACGUAGCACGAUACGUGAAUCACUCCUGUGAGGCAAACUGUAUGACACAUCACUGCCUGGAUACUGGGGCAAUCAAAUACUACACGUUACGUGUAAUUGAAGCAGGAGAGGAACUCACGAUAAACUACUGUUCAGACAAGAUUCUGGAGUGCGAAUGCAACUGUGAAUCUGCAAAAUGCAAGAGAAAAUGGACAAAAAAGAAGGAAUAA